UUUUUUUUUUUCCCUUCCCACAUCAUCCACUUCUUAUCUCAACUUGACUUAACUUGCGAGACAAGUCAAGUUAUGGACUCUUCAGUUGAUCGACAUUGAGCAGCUUAACUUUAGAUAGUCUAAGCUAAACUCGUCUUUUUUCCCACUCUUGCUUUGGCUUGUGAAACUAAAAAACCAACGCACGUCAUGGCCACCACUCAGGGAGCAAUGAGCAAAACGACCGAGACGGCGCCUGUAAAGGCGGGAAAGGCGACGGCUGAUGCGAAGAAGACGACGAUAAGAUAUCCUUUUUGGUUUGGCGGAAGUGCCAGUAGCAUGGCAGCUUGCGUUACACAUCCUCUGGAUCUUGUCAAGGUUCGUCUUCAAAUGCGCACAGGCAAUGCGCCUAAGAACAUGGUCGGCACAUUCGUCCACAUUCUUCGUCACGAUGGUCCCCUCGGUCUUUACAGCGGUAUAUCCGCCUCCCUACUACGCCAGAUGACAUAUUCAACUGUGCGAUUCGGCGUCUACGAAGAGGUCAAGACACGUCUUACACGCCGUAACGAAGGUCGCGAUCCAUCCUUUGUAACACUCGUUGCUCUAGCCGCUGGAUCUGGUUUCAUAGGAGGUAUUGCUGGAAACUUUGCAGAUGUUCUCAACGUGCGUAUGCAACAUGAUGCUGCGCUCCCUCCUGCUGAGCGUCGAAACUACCGCCAUGCUUUUGACGGCAUGGUUCGUAUGGCGCGUGAGGAAGGGCCCAAGAGCAUGUUCCGUGGUUGGUUGCCCAACAGCGGACGUGCCAUGUUCAUGACUGCUGGCCAGCUUGCCAGUUACGAUGUCUCAAAGAGUCUGCUUCUUCAGUAUACGCCCAUGGAGGAUAACCUCAAGACUCACUUUACUUCUUCGUUCAUCGCUGGUUUGGUAGCUGCUACUGUAACAAGCCCCAUCGACGUUAUCAAGACUCGUGUUAUGUCUUCCGCGUAUGAUCACAACAUCCUGCAUCUCAUUCGCGACAUUCACCGAACUGACGGUCUAAUGUGGAUGUUCAAGGGCUGGGUUCCCAGCUUCCUCCGACUCGGACCACAAACUAUUUGUACAUUUGUCUUCCUAGAGAUGCACCGAAAGGCCUACCGCAAGGUAAAGGGCUUGGACACUAACCUGUAGACUUGACAUGACAUGAUAGACCAGGAAGAAGGGCAUGUUUUGGCGUUGUCGUUUUGUCGUUUCGUCACUCAAGAGCGGUGAUCAUUCUGUUGGCGUUACUGCUUUGUUAUUCAAAAUCUCUUAUAUGAGCUUCUUGUUUGGGAGAACCUGUUUUGUAAAACUUACUCAACAUAGAGGAGGAUAGGGGCGGGUAUAGAAGUUAGCAUUGUUGUUCAAAGCACUAAAAUGUAUACGUCGUA